ACACAUCUUUCUGCGCUGAGACUUCACAGCUGUGCAGAAUCCCAUUGACUUUAUUGAGCUUUGAAGAAGAGAAAGAAAGAACUUCAGGACAGACUGACAAGUACCAAUCAGAGAUGGAGCUUCUGACAGCCGCCCUCGUCGUCAUUCUUCUGUCUACAACAGCCUCCGCUAAGUCGAUUGGUCGGCAUCAGGAUGCUGACAUCGCUGACAGUGACUUGACUGGACCGGAUGGGAAUAUCUUGUGGUCUUGGCGGUCUGUUGAAUCUUCUAGCUACAGAGACUCUUCUUCAGAGUCAAGUGAGUCAUCCGAAUCUAGUGAGUCAUCAGAAAGUCAGUCUUCAAAAGACUCUUCAGACUCUUCAGACUCUUCAGACUCCUCUGAGGAAGCUCCAACCACCCAUCAGACCACAACGGCUGUGACCGACACUGCCAUGACAACCUUCACUGCAGAAGAUGGGGGUACGCCCACCUUUGAGCCAGACACAGUGAGUACAGAUGAGCCAACGGUAACGCCUCCCCCAGAAACACCGACCACACCUGUAGCGACAUCAUCUGGCAACGUGACUCAUUGUGUUACCGUGGAGAUUCCAACAGCAGCUCCCAUCACAGAAAACAGAGGAGACAACUAAAUAUCUACCAUUCCUGUUAACCAACUGCAAGCAUCAACUCACCACAUUCCUACUGAAAAUGUGUCAUUUCAGGACAUUUCUGAUUCUAGCUGCGAGAGUUAAAUCUCAGCAGGCUUUAUCAAUUCAAGAAACCAAAAGGUGAACAUAUAAGAACGUCAUAUAGACUUACCAACAAAUAGAAGUAAGAUACACGUCCUUUGAUGACCACUCAUUACUUGGUCCAAAUAGUAAGUAAAAGUAUUUUUUUGGAGUGAUGU